UUUUUUGAAUCCCUUUCUCUCACAAUAUACCCACCACCCCAAUUCUCAUCAUCACACCCACCCAACAUGUCGAACGGAAAGUCUUUCACGCUGAGCAAUGGCGUUAAGAUCCCUGGUGUCGGUUUCGGUACCUUCGCCAGCGAGGGCUCCAAGGGCGAGACCUACCGCGCUGUCAUGACCGCCCUCACAACCGGAUACCGUCACUUGGACUGUGCCUGGUUCUACCUCAACGAGGAUGAGGUUGGUGAUGGUAUCCAUGACUUCCUCAAGGAGAACCCCUCGGUCAAGCGUGAGGACAUCUUCGUCUGCACCAAGGUCUGGAACCACCUCCACCGUUACGAGGACGUCAUCUGGUCUGUUGAGAACUCCCUGAAGAGACUCCGACUGGACUACAUUGAUCUCUUCCUUGUCCACUGGCCCAUUGCUGCCGAGAAGGAGGACCAGGAGCACCCCAAGAUUGGCGCUGACGGCAAGGUAUGCAAACCACAUUAUCCUCUGCGGCCUGGUUUCAUGUCCGGAAAGCUAACCGAACCAUCACAGUACGUCAUCCUCAAGGAUCUCACUGAGAACCCCGAGCCCACAUGGCGCGCCAUGGAGAAGAUCUAUGAGGACGGCAAAGCCAAGUCCAUCGGUGUCUCCAACUGGACCAUUCCCGGUCUUGAGAAGAUGUUCAAGUUCGCCAAGGUCAAGCCUCAUGUCAACCAGAUUGAGGUCCACCCCUUCCUGCCCAACAACGAUUUGGUCCAGUUCUGCUUCAAGAACGACAUCCUCCCUGCGGCCUACUCGCCUCUGGGCUCCCAGAACCAGGUGCCCACCACCGGCGAGCGGGUCAGUGAGAACAAGACCCUCAACGAGAUCGCCCAGAAGGGCGGCAACACCCUGGCCCAGGUGCUCAUUGCCUGGGGUCUGCGUCGCGGUUACGUUGUGCUCCCCAAGAGCUCCAACCCCGCUCGUAUCAAGUCCAACUUCAAGAGCAUCGACCUGACUGACGAGGACUUCGAGGCCGUCAACAAGGUUGCCGAGGGCCGUCACUUCCGCUUCGUCAACAUGAAGGAUACCUUCGGCUACGACGUGUGGCCUGAGGAGACCGCCAAGAACCUGUCUGCUUAAACGAAACAGGGUCUGGAUGGGACAAUAGACUUCUUUUCUUUAUGCGGGACAUAAACAAUUGGAGAGUUGUUCAGGAGGCCAAAAACAAUAUAUAGUAUACAAUGGCUACAUAUUCCCAUAGUAUCAAACGAAGAAAUGUAACGGCCUAUGACAAUCACAACUGGAUGGAAUACUUUGUAAAUAACAUAACAUAGAAAAUUUACCAGGUACCAUACAAG